AUGCCUCGUCAAUCAAAGAAUACGCCUAAGAUCCGUGCAAAUCGACGCCAACGAGCUAAAGGUACUUUUGCUUUGUCCCGUGUCUUGGAUAUAGUCCAAAAUGAAAAUCGGCAAUUGGCACAAAAAGAUGAACAAUCAAGAAAACGAGUACAAGAGUUGGAAGAACAAUUAGAAGAACGGCAGGAACAAGUUGUAGAGAUAAUACAGAGGAAUUGGAUGAGAGAGGAAGAGCAUAGUAGAUUGGUGGUAGAACGGAAUAGGUUGCGAGCUCGGAUGGAGAAUUUAGAGAAAAAAUUGUAUAAAUAA